CAAACCCAUCAUUCAUUGCGAAUUGAAUCACGCUACUAAGAAUGCCAAGCCUCAUUUCUAUGUGCAAAGGACUGGGUACAAAUACCAUGAUUCCUUAGCGACAGGAGAUGGUUGGUGUAAGAGUAUUUGUUCAUCGUCUUUCCAAAGCUCUUUGUGCCCUCUUGGAUUCUCUGGACUGAACUGCCGCUCUGAAAUGAAAUCAUGUCAAGACUGGAAAAACCAUGGCUUCCACCAAGAUGGCGUGUAUUUCUUGUCAGUAGCAUCUUACGGACCACUUCCGGUAUAUUGUGACCAAACCACUGAUGGUGGGGGCUGGGUAAAAUUUCAAAGACGUCAAGAUGGCACUGUUGAUUUCUACCGAAACUGGCAUGACUAUAAAACAGGUUUUGGUACUUUUUCUGGGGAAUUCUGGCUGGGCAAUGACAUCAUUCAUAUAUUGACGUCAUCUCAAGGGUUAAAUGAGCUGAGAGUUGAUAUUGAGAGCUUUAAUGGCACAAAAGCCUUCGCCAAAUAUAGCAAUUUUUCCAUUUUAGGAGAGAAUUAUAACUACACUUUAUUAGUUUCUGGAUACAGUGGGACUGCAGGUGACUCUCUUGGGAAUGGCAUUCAAUAUGCUUCAAGGGUUCACAAUGGCAUGCAAUUCUCUACGUUUGACAGAGACAAUGAUAAGCACGAGUUCGGCAAUUCUUGCGCGGUCGAGAAGCAUGGGGCGUGGUGGUAYAACUCAUGUUAUUGGUCUCAUUUAAACGGCAAAUAUAAAGAGUAUAGUAACAAUGGAGGGAUUGAUUGGUAUUCAUGGCCAGAACUUAAAUACCACACAUUAAAAAAGACUGAAAUGAAGAUAAGAUAACUGCGCAAACYSCUAARAGAGAGAAUCAAAAGUUGCACASGUCCGGUAUCCGGGCAGGUCGGKUGAUUCGCAUGGCUAAGCUAUUCUUAUAUGUCAUUAUAGAGACAAAAGUGAAAGAUACACUUUAUUAUAGCAUGAGUCUCAUGGAAUUCACAGAUGUACAUACACCCUUAAUAGUUAACGAGAAUGAACCGCGAUUGUAAAUAACUAAAAGCGAAUUUUAGUAAUGGUCGCUAAAGCUUACUGGCUCACAUUUAAAAGUGAUCAUAUGACGGGARCCCUGUUGUACAACUUGUACAUUUUGCGCGCGCGUGGUCACUUMAACAACUAGUACAAAUGAAUGAAUUUCAUUCCCGUUGUAAAAAGUAUAACCGUUUUGAAAUUUAAUUGAAUGUGAAAAAAAUGUUAAGUAUAUAAUGCAAAUAUUUUGUCUGUUCUGGUGCGAACCAUUUAAUAUUCUGUCUGACUGAGAACAGCCUAAAAAUGCUCCGUGGUUAACCAACGAUAUGAGUAUGGAUUUCAUCUUCAUCUCCUCGUGGUUUACCAUUAUAUUCUUAGAAUGGUGCGCUUUUAUUGUAGCAUGAAUGCCUCCCUAAAUCGAUCUCUUAUAAAACYCACGGGUACUUAUGUCAAGAAGGCUGCGAAUAAUACUUUUUACAUGUAAAAUAAGUAAUAAAUGGGUACAAUAUUGAAUAUUGUGUUAA